AUGGAUGAUUCAAUGGAUAUUGAAGUAGUGAAUGUUGGAAUUGAAAAGAAAUUUGUCGAUGCCUUACUGGAAUUUUCCCAAUCUCAAGAUCCUUUUGAUAUUAUCAGACAAUUUAGAGAUAUAAGUUCAACUAAAGCUAUACAGAUCAAAGAUGAAUUAUUGAUUAAUGAUAAUGAAAUUUUACAACAGGAAUUUGAAAGUUGGCAAUUAGAAACGAAAUUAUGGCAUUUAGUAGAAAUCUUAUACAGUUUUAGAUUGAGUAAUAUCGAAUUAAAUGAAGAAACUGAGUUCUCUUCAGUAGCUAUCAAAGAAGAAAACUUCAGACGUUCUAACAAAAGAGUAGCAGAAUUAGGAAUGAUUAUCGAUUGGGUUCAAUAUAAUAGUGAAAGUGUUGAUACUUCAGUAAUUCCUUGGGUCACCAAGUGGAAACAUACCAUGAAAUAUGUUGAAACCAAAGAUUUAAAUGUUCUUAUUGAUCAAGGUACUUUGAUAAAAGGUGAUUAUAUAACUGAAUUUGAUGUCGAUGCACCAAUAAGGCAAAAGAAAUCAUUACAUCCUGAAGAUCUCAAGAAUGAUGAUAUAAUCUUCCAAACCAUCUAUGAAUUAAUCUUAGUUCAUAACUAUGAUGAAGCUUUAAGCUUAGCUAAUGAAACAGGGAAUUAUACUUUAUCGAUGAUUCUUUUCGGUGACAUUUUACCAUACCUUGAUCCUAUAAUUGACGAAAAAUAUAUGAAAGAACGUGGAUUAGAAUUUAAUAAUGCUACUGGUUGUAAACAUAAAUUAUUAUGGUAUAAAUCAGUUUAUAAGUUAGCACAACAACCUAAUAUCAAUAAAUAUGAAAGAAUGAUUUACAAUUAUUUAAGUGGAUCCAAUAUUGGUGAGAAUUUGAAAUCAUCGUCGACAUGGGAUAAAUGGUUAUUAUUAUAUUGUAAUCAACUUAUGAUAUUCGAAAUUUUGAAGUUUUAUGAAACCAUCUAUAAUAGUGAAGAGAACUUGGAUAUAAAGAUCAUUAAACCACAAACUUCAACCAUUGAAAGUAUUUUGAAUAAUUUAUCCAAAUCCGAUAAUUCCAUCUCCGAAAUGAGUAGACACCCCCUUAGAAUCAUCACUGGGGGUAUAAUGAUUAAUAAGAUAACUCCUUUGGUAUCAGAAGUAGUUAAAAGUCACAAAGAUAAUGAAGUUUUCAAUAACCAGUCAUUGUUAAGAAUUCUAGUACAUUUGACCAUAUUCCUUAAUUCUGUUGAACUUGAAUCAAGCACAGUCAAUGAUUUCACAAAAUUGAUUUCUUUAUAUAUUUCCAAGUUAUCAGAAAACGGUCUUCAAGAUUUAAUACCGGUUUAUUUAUCUUUCAUUCCCAAUGAAAUCGAUGCCAUUGAAAUCUAUUCAAAUUUCCUAUUAUCUAUUAGGGAUAAGGAUCAAAGAACUAAUCAAAUUAAGAUCGCUAAGAGAAUCCCUUACUUCAUCGAUCAAUCAGAUUCUGAUAAUUUGAGUGAAGAUAGAUUAAGUAUAUUCUUGAGAAAGACAGUAGAAAAGAUUCUCAAGAAAACUGAACCUUAUUAUCAACCUACAAAAGAACCUUUGAUCAUCAAGGAUGAUAUUGAGAGUGUAGAGGAUAUUGAUAGAGAGUUAUUUGAAAGUGUGGAAUGGUUCCUUGCCAAUUCCAUGAACGAAGACAUCAUAGUAGUGUCGAUUAUCAUAAUCAAGAGAUUAUUAAUUUGUGGUAAAUUGGCAGCAUUAAAAGAAUUUUCCAUUAACAAGAACUUUAAAAGAAUUAUCAAUAACUACGACAAUGAUUUGAGUACGAAAAAAUUACUUCAAGAUGAGAAUUCCAGGGAAAUCACACCUAUCCCAUCGAUAUCUGAUGAAAGUAAAGAAGAAUUAUUGAACUAUGAUUUAUUAAUCAAAGGUCUUAUAUCUAUCAAUGAAUGGAAGAAAUUUAUUGAAGAAAAUGGUAAAGAAUCCAAAUCUUUCAGUACCAAAGAUGUAGAAAAUUCUAUCGAAAAGACCACCAAACAAAUUUAUAAUUUGAUUAUGAACUGGUUGGUCAAUUCUCAUGAUGAACUCUUGAAGGAGUUAAGAAACUUAUAUGUUCCUUAUCUUAUUAUUGAGUUAUUGCAAAUUUAUGAGUUUGCUAGAUUAAAUAAUUGGGAUUACUUACAAAAGGCUUUCGAGUUGAUCAAACAAGUGGCUAAUGAAGAUGAGAAUGAUUUAUUGAACUGUUUCAUUUCCAGUGGGAAAUUGAACGAGUUUUUGAUAAAGUGUGGGAAAGUAUCGUUGAUAGCCAGUGAAAAGGGAGUAAAGGGGAUAUUUGUAUAA